ACCCAAGGCGUGUGAGCUGUCAGUGCGGGAAGUGAAGAAAAAUUUUAUAUCAAUAAAUUCGAUUGCCGUUUUUUGUGGGACCUUCCCAGGGAGCUCUUAACGAUUUAGGGUGUUUUCGGUGCAAAUUUUCAGCCGUCCAUCGUACUGUUUUGCCUAUCAUUGUGCUGUGUGUGCGUAAUUGCGUGCAAACGUUUUUCACAGAGUCCGGAAACAUCGAUUGUGCUCUGGGGGUGGGUUCCGAGAAAAACAGUACCAACAGUAGCAAUAAUCCUGCAGUUGUCUGUACGUUAUCAAAUCAUCUCGCUGAUCCUGUAUUGAGGUGCAAACAUGUCGAGCAAAAUUGAAGAAGCUCAGGAACAUAUCCGACAAGCCGAAAAAUGCUUGAAGACAUCGCUGCUGAAAUGGAGACCAGAUUACGACAAUGCAGCUGAAGAGUAUAACAAAGCAGCCACCUGCUUUCGGAACGCAAAGUCGUUGGACCAGUGCCGUGACUGCUUGAUGAAAUCUUCCGACUGUCAUCGUCAGAAUCGUGCCCUGUUCCACGCAGCAAAGUGUCUCGAUCAAGCUAUACUGAUAUGCAAGGAAAUGAACAACCUCGGUGAUAUACGUAAACUGGCUGAGCGGUCCUGCAAUCUCUACCAGCAACACGGCUCACCGGAAUCGGGAGCGACCGUACUGGAUAAGGCGGCAAAGAUACUGGAACAGACGCACCCGGAAGACGCACUACAGCUGUACAAGCAGGCAGUCGAUGUUGUUACGAUUGAAGAUUCGACCCGGCAGGGCGCCGAGUAUGCUAGCAAAGUGGCCCGUAUUAUGGUUAAGCUUGGUAUGUACGAUCAGGCAGCAGAUGCUAUUAGGCGAGAGAUUGGAUUGCAUCAGCAGGUCGGAUCGGAUGGUGCUAUCGGGCGGCUAGCAGUGGCCCUGGUGCUGGUACAGCUUGCCCGCGGAGAUUAUGUUGCCGCAGAGAAAGCCUUCAAGGAAUGGGGUAACUGUUGCGAUGCUGCAGAAGUGCAAACGUUGGAAUCGUUGCUGCAGGCGUACGAUGAUGAGGAUCCGGAGCUGGCGCAACGAGCCCUCUCGUCACCAUUCAUCCGGCACAUGGAUGUGGAAUACGCUAGAUUGGCCCGCGAUUUACCACUUCCCAAGGGCGUUUCAAUCGCACCGAAAGCGAAUGUCAUCGAAAAUGCGGCAGCCUCUUAUGUUUCCCCCAACAGUGGUACAUCGGGCGAUACUACCGCCAAACCAUCGGCAGGUCCAGCUGGUGAUGAUGAAGACGAAGGUGGCCUGUGUUAGUGUGUAGAGCUACAAACCGUUACCACCUGUCCAUCCAGUGGGGUAUUCCGUGUAAGCGUUAAAAGUUGUGUGAUACUAUUGCUUUUAUUACAAUUAUCAUUAUGAUUAUCAGUUACAAGUAGAGCAAAUAUGAUAACAAUCGUUGCGACCCGGCAGCCGCAAUGCGCCAAUGCUUUUCCCAGUAUUCUAAAAUCACGAAAAAAAUCAAUGGGGUAAUGUUAUGGGGUUGAAUUAGGAAUGUUUCGGAACGAAACCAUCGGAUGUUAUACUUUACUUUCUGAAUGUACUAUCUAUCCUCUGUGUGUGGAAGCAAAAUCUGUAUGUAUUUCAAUCCUGCUCGCAACCAACACCAUUCUGCAUCAAGGCAAAUAUCCAUACGAUGCAGGUGUUUUAUUCAAUUUAGUUGUACAACAAAACGUGUACAGUUAAGGCAGUUUAACGUUAUCAAAUUUCGCUCUCUGUACCUUUCUACAUCAAUGUUCUUUUGCACGUUUGCAUUAACAUGUGGGUAUUGUUUUUGUGACUAUCGGUUGAUCUAUUCAUACUGAUUACAGCAGGAAAUGCGACUAUAUAAAACACUACUUAACAACAAUUAUAAAGUAACGAAUCAACACAAUGUUAUAAAAAUGAAUUUCCAAUUAUCUCCCUUCACUAGCUAUCUAUGUAAGUAAAGCUUCACCGAUCCCGACGUUUUGUAGUUUCCUAAAGAAUGGUAAACUUUGCUCAGACAAAAAAAAUAUGCUUAACGUAAGCUGAAAUCAAACACAAGCGUCACACUAACACACUAGAAAAUCGAUUAAAAUCAGGAAUGAAAUUAACAUUCCAGAAAUAACACAAUACAGACUGCACCACUCGUUAUGGUACAUGAAGCUAUAAGUGAACCGAAAGAAUGCGCCAUAUAGAAACUAAUUACAGAAAGGCAAAUGUAUCUCAAGAUUUACUCCUUUUUGACAUCCUGUUUCAGGUGGCUAAAUGUGACAAAAUUUUUAUCCACAGUUUGAUGACGACAAUGUAAUAAUCCUUUCUUGGAACUGCAACCUUCGGAUGUCUUGGGUCUUUUCCUUGACCUGGCCAUAUUUAAACGUAGCUGGGAAUGAUAACAGUAAUGUGUGGCUUCAGUUUUUAUAAUUGUUGGGUCAAUACGUCAUUUUGGGAUGUAUCUGUAAUGCUCUUAGCAUUUUUUUCACUUCGUCUUGCUCUAGGCGCACAAGUGAUAUAACAAAAAAAGACUAUGCACAGUAAAUGCAAGAAACCAACAAAAUUUUCCUCUCGAUUCUAUGUGGUGCUUUGUUUAAUAUACAAAAUGAAACAUAAUAAAAACAAAAGAGAAAAAAAAACACAUUAAUCACCAAAAAUUGCGGUGCAUUUAAAGUAAAUGUAAGCGUACAACAAAACAAGAAAUAAAAUACGUGAUUUUCGUGUGUGAAAGUUAAAAAUUACCAUCAAACCAAAAACCAUAAAAGAAAAAAAAACACAAACAGAACAUUAAAAGCUAAAAACUCUCGAGAACACCCCCUCCAGUCUAGUGUACUUCAUUGAAUGAAGUUUAUCAAUUAUAACUAAUAGAUAGAGCAAUCGAUGGAUGUACUGCAAACCAUGCGACACUGAUGAUCGUGUACCGUGUGAACGUGUGUGUGUUAUAAUUGCCUGUAGAUGAAAUGUUUAUGAGCAAAUUACAAAUAAAAGAAAAAAAAAAACAAAUAACAAAACCCAACGGCGAAACAUAACAAAAAUGAAAGUAUGGUUGAUAGACGCUAUUCUAAGUUCGGGAAUUAUAUUAAAAGUAUGUUGGAGAGGAUAAAAGUAAAAAAA